AUGGAUAAGACCACAAGGGAACGUUUGCGUUAUCUUGGUCACAUCCCACUUGGGUGCCCCAUAACUAUUGUGGAGCUUGAUCUGGUUGCGCCAAUUUUAAGUAAAGAAACAUUGGAUUUCUUUGCCCAUGUUUUGGAUUCCCGACAAGCAGGUCGGAGAAAACGAGCCGAGCAUGAACAACAUCUGACUAAAUUGAAGGAGAUAUCAGAAAAUAGAAUCCCUAAUUUGCCUCCUGGGUUUGUACUGUCUGGUCCUGCAACUCUUGAUGGUAAGAGCACAAGCAUUAUUUCUAACGAUUUUCCUUUACCUAUUCAUACCUAG